GUGCAGUUCUGGGUAUUGGCAAAGAGGUCUCUGGAAUCGUUGCCUUGAUGGACGAAGUUCCUGAGUUCAGGUCAGACCUUUUCGAAGAGCUUGGGAAGCGGUGGAAGUGAAAGCCGCUUUCUGUCUUUGAGACAAGGUGCUGCGGCUAGACAGGCUUUAGACUUUGGCCUCAUCGCUUGUCACCAAAAAAUGUCUUCACCUCAGAAUAGCCCCACGGCCCGCUGUCGUGCGGAACAGACGGCGCGUCUUCCAACGCGUCGACGCGCUUGAUUCGCGUUUGCCAGCUCACCUUGAUAGACAAAAUCUUCCAGAUUCCCAGGUGGCCUUUCUUCUGGUCGAGUCAUGAGCUUCUCAACUUCACCCAUGCAUCCUGAUGUCUCGACUCAACCAGCCAUGGACCGUCAAGAUCAGCGUAAACGAGCGUUCAGUCAAGCUUUUCAACGCGCGAAUCAGCCCAGGCACAGUGACCAAAACGCUCAGCCCACUAAGCGCAUUCUGUCCUACCCACUCGGCGUCGCAGGUCUCCACAAGCAAGAGUUUGAUCAGGAGAACGAGGUUCCACUAGACCUGGACUCUACAGCUGCCUUCGAUGAGAUACCUGAAACUCAGAUCCGUCAUCUGGCGCCAGUGGACUUGCAGUCUGCCCAUCCAGCGUUGCACAACUACGCAUCCUUGCAGUACAAGCUGUAUAGUAACGGACCAGGGCUAGAACUCGGUUAUGAGCUUGGAAGCAGUCCACCUGUCCUGCGCGAUCCACAGCCUAAGUUUUCAAUACGCCAUGAUUCUCUUCCAACCCCACCAAUUGUUCGCGGACAGUCCAUGUUUGGCCCUUCGCCCUGCAUCCGGACUGGUCUCAGCUCAUCUUUGGAGGAUAUUGCUAACUCCUUUGCGCAACCUGAGACUAAGCUCUCCUCCAUGAGUAAUGCGUCUGCUGCGAUAUGCCCAAUGACACCAAGCGCACUGAAUUUCGGCGACCUCACCCUGCACAGUCAAGGACGCUCACUCCCAUCGUCCCCUCACCGGUACGGCAGCCAGGGCGGUCGGACAACAACUAGGGUCAUGCCCGUCUCCUUUUUCGCCAAACAUUUUCCGGAUAUCAAUGCUAACGAAGUUAUCAUGUUGUUCGACAAAGGAAAUUCCCUUGUCAAAGCCGAUAAAUAUCCGCUUUGCAGCGCUUCUCGAUUCUUCACCCAGUUGCUUGAUGGCCCUUUCUUGGACCAUGGUCUCACACACUGCAUUCGACUCCGCGACGACUUCCCAUACGCCAUCACUACUAUAUUUCACUUCAUCGAGACUGGCAACUAUACGUUCGACCAGCGAGCGUUCAUAGCGUACCCUCUGCUCACAGCACUUGACUUCCACGUCCAUAUCUACUUAGCAGGUAGCAAGUACGGUCUGGUUGCGCUUCAAGAUCACGCAAUCAAUGCCUAUCUUGGUAUUGCAGAACAUGAGCUAAAGUUAGGCUUUCUGGCUAUUUCCAGCGGACAGCUUGGCGAUGACCAGAUUCCUAUGCCUAGCUUCCCGUUUAUACCGCCCCCAAACGCACAGGCUGAUGGUGAAACAACGAUCGCACCGACUGAUCGAUUCCUCAACUCGCUCGUCUUGCUGUGGAGGAACACACAGUCGCGCUUCGAUGCGCUGCGCAGAGCGGUGCUUGAGCUGAUCAAGCGCAAUCUCAGCAAGUUACUACGGAUCAGUUUCUUCAUCACUCUCUUGCAAGAGAUUGUGGGGUUCGGUGACGAUGUCGUGGCAAGUCUGGGCGAUGAUGGGUUCGAGGUGAAGGCAUUUCAAGUCCCUCGAGGUGCGAGGGUGAACCAGACUGUUCGGUUCGAGGUGUAGUUCAGAUGGGUGGGAUAUCUGAGCUUUUUUGCCAUGCUGCAGCCGUAAAGAUUCGUGUGUAUUGGAUGGUAUGUUUCGGAGUCUGUCAGGUUAUCAGAGCGUGUGU